AUGCGUGUCCCGUCGUUUGAGCACACCUUCGCCACUCCUCGCGAACACCCUGCAACCAUGAACCAACAACCACCAGAUUCGCUGUCGCUAAUGACCGGCCUCCAGCUAUGUCUCGCUCACUACUGUGACCAACAUGGUCCGACCCCGCUUAUGGUCACCGAGGGCCUGCCAGUCCCAUGCACAACAUGCUUCGAUGAUGGCGCCGGUGGUUAUGCCGAUCAAGAUCAGCUCCGACCCCGGACCAGCGCCCCAGCACCGGCUGGCUCUCUCAACCAGACCGUGGCCAUGUCGGAUGCGCUGCGCAAGAUGCACCUCAACUCGCACCGCAGUUCGUCUCUACCUGCUUCCGAAGCCGAAAACCAGAUCCCGCGCGCCGCCAUGCUUCGCGCCUCUUCAGCAAACUCUACCACGAACUCGCCAGCUUCCCCUCUGUCGCCCUCCGCAAUCGAGACCCCACCCGAAAGCCCCCGCCGGAUAUCGGAGCAGCAGCAGCCACGACGAGAUUCGAGUUUUCGCCGAACCUACGACGACUACGUUACGAAGCGCGCCGGCCCUUGCGAGAAUUGCGCGCUGACGCUGCCGCAACGACAGGGCGGCAAGGAUAAGAACGACUUGAAGGCUGAGCGUGGUCCCACAUUGCGCACUCGCGCUCCUUACGCCAGGGUAUACGGACAGGCAUCGCCGCCUACUUCUCAAGCAUCUUCUGCUAGUGACACAGAUGGAGAAAGCCAACCCGAACGAAUGCACCGAAGGGCAACGGGCUCUACAACAACGCGAUCGAGCAUGUCAUCGGGCAGGCAUGUCGGCCACACACAUUACCUCGACUACACCUCGACCCACGAACCUCUCAUCCCAGCUUCCUUCUCGAUAGUGCGAUCCUCGUGUCUGCGAACCCUUUCACUGGAGACACUACCCCGCGCCCCGGCAAACCCAACCCCUAGUGCAUCGCCGCAGUCAAGCAACAUGCCAGCCUUUGUCACGACACACAGCGCUGGGGCAGCAGCUUCUGGUGGUCCCAUAUUCUUCGGCGAUCCAGUCAACGGCUACACGACAGCAUACAUCUUUCGCAUUCCAGAUAUGCAUGCUCGCGGCCACAAGCGUGUGUAUGCAUUUCUGGCUCUUAGCACACACAAGGAGAGACUGGCGAUGAAAACAUUUGGUUUCAUGGCUGCUGCUUUCCGUGAUCUUGCUUCGUGGAUUCAGCAGUUGGCGGAAGCUGAGGCAGAGAAAGCUGCCGAAGCCAGCCCCCUUGGAGGCCCGCAACACCACAGCUCGUAUCCGACGAUGAUCAAGCCUGAACGCGAAGGACAAGACCGUGGUGGCAGCAGCUUCCUCACGGGAGGUGGCGGCUUCUCAAGGAGAAUGGGCGGUGGUCCCGGCGGUGUCUCACUCAAAGCUCGAGGCCUUGCUGAACUUGUCGGCAUGCCCGACUUCUUUAUUGAGCUGCAUGCCAAGUUUGUGAAGCUUAUGCUCGAACUUGGCGUUGCGCUGAGCUCUUAG